AUGAUUUCUAAUUCAAUUAUUUCAUUGCUAUUAUGGAGACGAGAGGUCCAACUCCAGGCUCUGGCUCAUAUGGCAAGGCUUGCAGGCAAUGUUCCAAGGCCAAGUGUCGGUGCGUAGCUCGACCCGACGGUGCCGGCUGCGAAAGAUGUCUGCGUCUCAAGAAACAAUGUCAACCAUCAGAGCCAACUCGUAGGAAACCUCAUCGGAAGACCGAGUCUGGCGCGCAGAUCGCGAAGCUUGAGGGGAGGAUUGAUAGCCUCACAACAAUGCUUCAGUCUGUGGCGCAUGCUACUGGAGUAUCUAGCAACCUACAGACUAGUUCAAAUGCUAGUACAAGCGACGAUAUCAGCAACUUAGCUACCACUGGCACUAAUACAGACAGAGUACUGGUGCCACCGUCAUUGACUACCGCGCCGUCCCUGUCAACUACCACUCCGUCUUCUAGCAAUCACUCGAGCCAGCCAUCUGUAUCUCUGCCUCCUCUAUACGAGUUGAACCUAGACCAGGCAGCCUGGUAUUUCAAUCGCUUUGCGACGAACAUGCUACCGUGCUUCCCUUUCAUCCGCCUGCCACCUAGUACCAGUACUCAUCAGUUGCAUGAAACCCAACCAUUUCUCCUCGAGGCCAUCAUCGCGGUAGCCACGCCCUCAACCCAAGAGAAGCUGGCUCGCGCAGAUAGAUUAAAAUCUCGCUUAACAAAGUCAGCUAUGCUAGAGAACCAGUCUAGCAUUGACAUGUUGCUAAGCAUCCUGACCUACAUUGCCUGGAGUACGGAUCCGUUUGUUAAGCGCGCAAGUAACCUGUCUCGCAUGAUAAUGUUGGCUAUGUCUAUGGUCUAUGAUCUCCAACUGGACAAGAAACCACCACCGCCGCCAGAGGUGCCCAUAAUAGCGAAGAUGGCACCGGGCUUGGGAGGUCCAGAGCAAAGUGCAAGUGAUCAUUCUCUACAAGAGAUCCUAGAGCAGCAUCGAGCUGUCCUAGCUUGCUUUGUCCUCAGCUCAAUCAUCUCAUCCACCUUUAGACGCACAGCCACCCUACCAUGGACCUCUCAAAUGGAACAAGCCCUAAAUCUAAUCGAGACAAAGAAAGAACACCCAUCCGACGAGUACUUCACAAUUCAAAUCCGGCUACAGAUCCUCGCCCAAAAAGCCCUAUGCCUGCGUGACCCAGACGAGACAAAUUCCUCUACCACCUCAACCACAACACCCCCAGCAACAACCAUGUACCUCAAAGUAUUACACAACCAACUCACCGACCUACAAUCCUCAAUCCCACCACAACUCCCCAACCAACGCGCCCUCCUCCACCUCCAAACACAUUACACCUCCCUCCUCCUACACGAAACCCCCCGUCUCACCAGCUCCAGCACCCCUCUUCUUUCCCCAGCAACCACCACCACAACCACCAACCCAAUCCCCCAUCCCCUAACCACCCUCAUCCACUCCCUUCAAGCAAUCAAAUCCUGGCUCUCAACCUUCCAGACCCUCCCGGCACAAACCAUCACCGGAUUUCCCUUCUUCAUGUGGUUCCAACUCGUCCGAUGCAUCGUGCUCCUGAAACAUCUCUCCACGUUCGAAGACCCAGCAUGGGACCGCGACGCCGUGCGACAGGAAGUGGAUAUGCUGGAGUUGCUGGAGUGGAUGGGGGAGAAGGCGGAGAUGGCUAGUGUUGAGGCUGGGGAGACCUCGGAGGAUGAUUUGUUUCGAAGGGUGGGGAGGAUGUUGAGAUUGGCGAGGGGGUGGGUGGUUAGGAAGGUGAGGGGGGAGGUAGAUGGAUGGGUCCCUGGUGAUGGGAGUAGUAAUGGGGAUAUGGUGGGGUCUGGAGUUGGAGAUGGGUCUGGGGGAAGUGGUGAGGGUAGUAGUAGUGGUAGUGGUGGUGAUAGUAGUAGUGGUAUGAUGGGUAUGAAGCUGGAUAUGACGGAUAUGGCGUGGAUGCAUGCUCUGGAAUCGGGGGAUGGAGGUUGGCUUGAGGAGGCGCUGGGGUGGUCGCCUUUGAAUUUCUAGAUCCGUGUCUGCUAUAUAUAUUGAGAUAGUGAUGAUGGUAGUCCUU